AGGGGUAUAUACAGACUCGAUUACUUAAGGUGAACGGUGCACAGGUUUGACCCAGCUGUGGACGCUGUUAACGUCUCCUCCUCCUCAUCCUUCUUUUCUGCCAUCUGCUUUCCCUCCUGCCUGGAAUUAAACAUGUCUUUCUACAAACUCUCAGGUCCUAGGAGUUACCUUACCUCCACCAUGACCGACCGCUUCAACUGCUACUAUUGCCAUGAAAACCUGCACGGGAAGAAGUAUGUGCAGAAGGACGACAAGCACGUGUGCACCAAGUGCUUCAAUAAACUGUGUGCCAACACCUGUGCCGAGUGCAAACGUCCCAUCGGUGCCGAUUCCAAGGAGCUGCACCACAAGAACCGUCACUGGCAUGAGGAAUGCUUUCGCUGCGCCAAAUGUUAUAAACCGCUGGCAAGUGAGUCAUUCUGCGCCAGAGAUGAUGGCAAGAUAAUGUGCGGCAAGUGCAGCUCACGGGAGGAUGGCAACCGUUGCCAGGGCUGCUACAAGGUGGUCAUGCCAGGCACCCAGAAUGUGGAGUAUAAGAAUAAGGUGUGGCACGAGGAAUGCUUCACCUGCUUUGAGUGCAAGCAGCCGAUCCGCACCCAGAGCUUCCUGACCAAAGGGGACGACAUUUACUGUGCUGCCUGCCAUGACAAGAAGUUUGCAAAGAAGUGCUUCCGCUGCAAGCAGCCCAUCACCUCUGGAGGGAUCAGCUACCAGGACCAGCCCUGGCACUCCGAGUGCUUUAAGUGCCACACCUGCAACAAGGCCCUGGCACAAACUCGCUUCACCUCGUUUGAGAACAAUAUGUACUGCGUGGACUGCUACAAGACUGAUGUAGCCAAGAAGUGUCAUGGCUGCAAGAACCCGAUCACAGGGUUCGGCCACGGCACCAAUGUGGUGAACUACGAGGGCUACACGUGGCACGAGUACUGCUUUAACUGCAAGAGGUGCUCCCUCUCACUGGCCAACAAGCGCUUUGUCAUCCACGGAGAUCACGUCUACUGCCCCGACUGCAGCAAGAAGCUGUGAACCGCACAGCCGUCAGUCAACAUCUACAGCUGAAUAACAUCGAACCUGAUCUGCAUACCGCUGAAGUAGUUCCUCAAUUUACAAAUUUGCAAUCACUCUUUAUAUAUGGGUACUAUUUUAAGCCUCAGAAGAACCUUGUGUUGCUGAAAAGAGGUCAACACAAAUCAAUUUUAGUGGAAUUUCCUUAAUUGAUGGAACUUUAUAAAUAUGCACUGGCUUAAAUCAUUUAAAUAUAUAUACAUACACACACACAAAUAUUCAAUUUAUUUAAACUCCAUCUUUUCAAAAAUUUUGCAGCUACAUUCUGAAAUAUUUAAAACUCACUGUUCCAAUUUCAAGACCCAGUAUGACAGAAUGUUACACGAAAACAGAAUUUUGAAUUAUAACGACCACGAAACAAGAUGUCAAAACAUCAAAUUGUUUUCUAAAGAGCAUGCAACUGAUGCAACUGAAUUAUAUGAACUUUUGCCAAUGUCAGUUACAUUUUUUGUAAGUUUAGAGAAGUGUCCAAAAUUCACUUUUCCAUUAUGAGAUUUUGAAUAAUGCAUGUAUUAAAAAAUAAAAACUACAUAAAUGACAAACAUACAGCUACAACAACAAAAAAAUUAAAAAGGAGUCUACAUCCUUUCUGUAUGUGAGCUUGUUUCAUUGUUUGAUUAUAAACUUGCAUAUAUUUUGUGGGAUUGUGAUAUGCACUAUUAGUCUGAUCCAGGAUUGUGUAGAGCUUUUUAACUUUUUCUGUACCUUACUGGAACCUUUCAGAAGGAAUAACAUGCUGUUAUUUGUGCAAACUAGAUCUCUGAAUGGUUUGAAAUAA